ACACACACUGGCAAAACCAUCCCUACCCGACCUAAAAACAGUGUAAGGAUUUGCUAGCUUCUUCUAAGACCAUCCUUACAGUAAUCAACACAUCUCUUCUAGGAUCCAUUAAUGUGGCUGCUAAUUAAUAGCUAUAGCCCAGAGUCAAACCUGCUCUUCCUUUCAGAAAUCCCACUCAACACACUUGCAGACACUCAUCACUAGCACCUUAAAGAUGUCUGUUUUAUCCAUUACAGGUCCAAACUCAGGUAUUUUCAUCCCUCUCCUCCACUGUCUUCUUGCUCAUUUCAGCUUCCAAAAUAUAUUGUGUAUUUUACAGAUGUAAGAAAGUUCUGGGGCAACCACUGAAAGGGGCAAUUUAUAAAAAUAAAAUGAACUGAAAACUAAUGGUUAACCUGGGUAAGACUAGGAGGUCUUCAGUAUGUAUUUAUAAAUGCCCAAAACUGUGGUAUUACUUUUGACCUAUACUAUCUUGUUCCAGAACAUCUGCCAUUUGGAGUCUCUAAAUAUUUAAAGUCAUCGAUAUCAAUAAAUAAAUAAAUCACAUAGCUCGCCCAUAUAACUAUUCUUUGUAGCAUUUAAAAUGAUCUAAGUCACGAAAAUGUCAACACCUGAAGUCAGCCAUUGUAGAAUUAGAAGGUGUGUUUAUUAGAUAAACAUAUAUCUGUUCAUCGAUCAGUAAGUAGAAACUCAGCAGAGGGGAAAAAAGUGAUAUAAAGGCCUCUUUCACAGUUCUCACAAUGUAAUCAACACAAUAACAGGAGCAAAGAAUUUCAUCUCAGUAUCCCCAUAUGAAAAACUAUGAAACCUCACUGAAAAUGUUAAUAAUUUCCAAUGAAAUGUAGCAUCUAACGCAAAUCAAUUGUUUCAAUACUGCGAUGCAUAAUCUGAUAAAUUUUAGGUGUUAGUCAGCAUAUGCUGAGAUGGGUGAAGGAUUACAGGAAAUCUCCGUGCAUGAGAUGACAAUGUGAGCAGCUCACAGGAAAUUUACCUGCACAGCAACACGCGGCAGAUAAUCUACCAGCACACAAAGAAGCCAAACACCUCACACUCCAUCCCAGCUGUUGCGAAAGGGGAAAUUAUGCUCCAUGGAUGAGGUGCAAAAUUUCAGUGACUCUAUAAUGGCCGAGACUUUCACGGGCACAACUGAAUCUUCCUACCACGAUAGCAACGACUCCAGUAUAGUCACCACCAUAGACUACUACUUCUACUCUGUUGAUGUGUCCGAUUGCAACACGAAUGGCAGCGCCAACGAGAUGCCCAACUUCCAGCCCAUACUUUUCUCUGUCGUCUUUGCCCUCGGCUUUGCAGGCAACAGCACAGUCGUGUGGAUUCUCAUGAAGCUGAUGAAGCUGAAGAGCGUGUCGGACAUCUGCCUGCUCAACCUGGCUGUCUCGGACCUGGCGGUCACGCUCUCGCUGCCCAUAUGGGCCUAUUACACGGUGGCCUACGAACUCACCAGCAACGUGCUGUGCAAGGCAAUGGUCUUCAUAUAUCAGAUUGGGUUCUACAGUGGGAUCCUGUUUGUGACACUAAUGGGCAUCGACCGCUACCUGGCUAUAGUUCAUGCCGUGGCUACAAUGAGAGUAAGGACAGUGAGGAACGGCACAGUGGUUAGUGCUGUUAUUUGGAUGGUUUCCAUCCUUGGUGCGCUUCCGGAGACGAUCUUCUAUAGCAUAUCAGAAGAAGAGAAUAAGUGUAUUCCGGUCUAUCCUAAUAAUUCGGAAAAGACCUGGAAACUCUUCCAAAACAUCCGGGAAAACGCAGUAGGUCUCUUCAUCUCACUGCCCAUAAUGAUGUUCUGCUACAUCAGCAUCCUGGCUGUGUUAAUGAGGUCCCGGAAUUCCAAAAAGCACAGGGCGAUGAGGUUGAUCUUCACCAUUGCCUUGCUAUUUGUAGUAUUCUGGGUUCCCUACAACAUAGUCAUCUUCCUCAAAUCCUUACAGGAAUACGGCUUUCUGAACAACUGCAAGAGCUCCCAAGGAAUCAAUCUGGCACUUGGUGCCACGGAGACAAUCGCACUCAUUCACUGCUGUGUCAACCCAAUUAUAUAUGCUUUUGUGGGAGAAAAGUUUAGGAAAAACCUCAUUAAUGAGCUGUCGAGAUUCCCACUCUGCGGAUACCUCUGCAAACUGCAGCCGGUUCAUAUCAAAAACUCAGAAAAUGACACAUCAAAUACUUCGGCGUGAUUUUCAAACAUUCUCAUUCCAUCAAAGGGUAUUAUACUGAAGCUUGUUUAAUGACACAUGACAACAUAUUCAGUAUAUCCUUAUAUAGCUUGUUCUGAGUUUUCCUUUCAGAUUUAAUAUAUACAGUAUAAUUACAUGAAAUGCUUCUUUAUGGUUUCCCAGAAGGUAUCGCCACCUUCGCACUCAGUUCAUUCAGCUUAAAUCAUUUAAAUCUACUCUCUCAUCUGUCACUACAGGUGUGCCCCAGGGCUCUGUCCUGGGGCCCCUUCUUUUUAUCAUCUACCUACUUCCCCUCGGUAAUAUUUUACGUAAAUUUAAUGUUAAUUUCCACUGCUAUGCGGAUGACACCCAACUCUACCUCACUACAAAGCCCUCAGCCACUUUACCACCCACUACUCUCAUUGAUUGUAUUGCUGAAAUAAAAUCCUGGUUUACUCUUAACUUUCUUAAACUUAACAGUGAUAAAACUGAAGUUAACCUCAUUGGUAGUAAAUCCACAUUAUCCAAAACUAACAGUUUCUCUAUCAUAGUUGAUAACUCCUCCAUUUCACCAUCCCCGCAGGUUAGGAGUCUGGGUGUCAUCCUUGAUAGCACACUAUCAUUUCAAUCACACAUUAAUAAUAUUACCCGGUCAGCCUACUUUCAUUUAAGAAAUAUUAAUCGUCUCCGUCCAUCUCUUACCCCCUAUUCUGCAGCCAUUCUUGUUCACAGUCUAGUGACUUCCCGUCUAGACUACUGCAAUUCACUUCUCUUGGGUCUCCCUCACAAGUCCCUUCGUAAACUUCAACAAGUCCAGAAUUCAGCUGCCCGAAUUAUUACCCGAACCCCAUCUGUCCACCACAUCACUCCUGUUCUUCAGCAGUUACACUGGCUCCCUAUACAGUUCCGUAUCCAGUUUAAAGUCCUCUUGCUGACAUUCAAAGCCAUCCACAACCUUUCUCCCCCCUAUUUAUCUGACCUCCUUCAUGUUUCCAUUCCAUCUCGCUCUCUCAGAUCCUCUUCCUCAUUAUAUUUGUCUGUUCCACCUGCCCGUCUUACCACAAU